AUGGAGACCCAGGCUGUCCAGAGGGAGCUCGAAACUGUGCCAGCUGCUAGGAUGGCUCAGACAAACCCUAUGCCUGGGCCCCUAGGGCCAUGGAAGGUAAGCCUGUCAGGUGGAAAACCAGGGCGUGGAUCCUUGACCACUUGGAUCGGUUUUAAGGUCCUCCGGGCACUGCGUCUUGGAUGGUGGGUUGGUUACGAACACACAAGCUUCUGUGGGCAGCAGUUUGUCCUGGAGAGGGGAGAGUACCCACGUUGGGAAGCCUGGAGCGGGAGCAAUGCCUACCAUGUCGAGCGUCUCAUGUCCUUCCGCCCCAUCUGCUCCGCGAACCAUAAGGAAUCCAAGAUUAUGAUCUUUGAGAAGGAAAACUUCAUUGGACGCCAGUGGGAGAUCUGCGAUGACUACCCUUCCUUGCAGGCCAUGGGCUGGUGCAACAAUGAAGUUGGUUCCAUGAAGAUACAGUGUGGAGCGUGGGUUUGCUACCAGUAUCCUGGAUACCGUGGCUACCAGUACAUCUUGGAGUGUGACCAUCAUGGAGGAGACUAUAAGCACUGGAGAGAAUGGGGCUCUCAUGCCCAGACUUUCCAGAUUCAGUCGAUCCGCCGUAUCCAGCAGUAG